CAAACACCCCACCCCCUAGAUCGGUGUUUCUCGUGAUCAGGUAGACAAGAUCGGCGAUUUCGGUCUUUAAGAAUGAAGAUGCAGGCACCGACACACGCAUCAGGUCAAUCGUCUGUUUCUCACACCCAUUUAUGAUGAUUCGAUUUGUUUUGUCGAAAUCAAAAUCCAUCGGACCUUCUACUGCUUUCAUCUGUUGAAGAACACCACUGCGAGGUUGAAGAACCCAAACCCGGUGAUUCAACUUCAUCCGCGAAGUUGAAGAACGCGUUGUCGCCGGCGCUCAGUAAUAGCCACCGUUGGCCAAUCCGUCUCCAUCUUGUAUGCUUCAUUAGUUGGUGAUGGAAGAGAAACAACACCUACACCCCUGUGUGGGUUGUCGUUUGAUUAAGAAAAAGCAGAUGGGGGAACAGAUCGAACUGACAUCUUCUUAUUCUUUUUCAAUGCGAUUGUUUUUCUAUUUUUCUUGAAAUUUUCCUGUUUUCCUUCUUCUUAUUUGACUAUUAGUUUCGUUCUCACAUCUUACACUUAUGGUGGAUGGCUAAUAUUUGAUAUUAAUGGUAUUCCAGCAAUACAUCAAUAUCGUUAAAAGGACAACACAAAAUUUGUAGGUCAAAUGGAACAAAGAAAGUCAGCCCUGGCCUAAUCAACUGCAAAUAAAGGCAAAUGAAAACAUAUUCCAGAUUAUUUAAGUGCAACAAUGAAUUUCAAACAUGAUUGCUUCUUAAAGGGGGUGGUCAAAUAUGUGGUUUUGCUCAUCACUCUGCCAAAUGCACCAGCAGGUAUGUAUUGGUAUGAUCUGGAGUUAUUUAUAGAGGGAACUCCAAAUGUGGGUUUUGAUGGUAGGUACUUCAAUAGUGGCAUUUCAGGGCAAUUAUGAAGUUUGGAUAUUAGGGCUUUUAAGGACUGUUUUGAAGAGAACAAUAUUAAGGUUUGUUGUUGGUAAUGGAUGUUGCAAACAGAGAAUGCUCGACAGAAUUGACCAACUAUGGACAUGGUGUUGUGUCAAGGGAUAAAGCAUUGUAGCAUGCAAGAAGACCAAAAGUUGAUUUGGUUGUGGUAUAAAAUACACAUCUUGACUGAACUGCCCUUAUAUAACGGUGGUUCAACGGAAGCAAUUCGUGCCGCCUGUAAAGACUUUGUAGCAAUGUUGUUCAUGUUUGAUCUUACCAGCCGGUGUACAUUGAACAGUGUAGUUAAUUGGUAUCAAGAAGCAAGAAAACAUAAUCAGACGGCGAUUCCGGUCAUGGUUGGCAGCAAGUUUGAUUUUGCUUCUAGGAUUUUGAUUGUUUCUGAAAUCAAUUUCUUGUGGCAACGUGGGCUUAUGGAAUCUAACAAAGCCGAUGAUUGAACUUAUUAGCAUACUGUAACACACACUGAUCAACAAAUUGAUUUUUUUUGUUUGUUGUGGUGACUUUGCUUUUAUCAGAUACGUGUAUUGUCAUUUUAUCAAAUGUUUUUUUGAGCUAGCCAAUGUUAUAUUUAAACAACACUUAAUGAGGA